AUGGGUAUGAUGAUGGUUGACCAAGGAUAUAAUCGUCCUCCUGAAUUGCGUCCUGAUCCCUUUUUGGACGAUGCUCAACAACCUCUCUACUCAGAAGAAUCAUCAAAACUUCGUGUUAACCGACCGAGGGGGUCCAUUUGUGGUACAAGGGAAGAACGAGAACCGAAGGCGAUUCCUUGGAUCUUUACCGUUUAUGCCAAAUCAUUUGUGCAACUUUUGAUGCCAUGGAAGUACCGAAAAGGUCACAAGGUAUCAAAACAUCGCCGAAGCACCGACACCAACUCGGCUCACAAAGGGAAUGGUACACUCCAUCGUUCCCAAAAGGAAAAUCAAGAAGACCGCGUCUAG